CGCUGAAUCCAGCCGGCUGGCCGACUCCCGGCGACCCCCCAGGAUGCCAGAGGCCGGGAACUCCUGCCAGGACCUCACGCGAUGGAAGAAGAAGAAGCCGUCGGUCCACCGCACCGUCAGCCAGAUCUGCCCACCCCCGCGGCGGCCCCUGACCGUGGCCGACAUCCGGCCGGGCAUGGAGAACGAGAGGCUGGGGGUCGUGCGGGAUUCCAUGUUUCAGAAUCCGCUCAUCGUCAAGGCUGAGCUCGGGAAGCCCCGGGAAAGAAGCUGCAGUCUGCCCGGAAUUAAUUUUAAUUAUGGACUCUACAUCCGGGGGCUGGAUGGAGGGGUCCCUGAAGCCAUUGGACACUGGAACGUGUAUAAACAACAGCCGACCUGCCCCCACGAGCUGACCCGGAAUUAUAUCGCCAUGAACCGAGGGGCAGUGAAGGCUGGCCUGGUCACCGCCCGGGAGAAUUUGCACUACCGUCAGCUCAACGACAUCCGCAUCAGUGACCAGGAUGACAGGCGCCUCAAGAAGGAACCGCCCUCCCUCCCUCCAAAUAUGACCUUUGGGAUCCGGGCACGGCCUUCCACCCCCUUCUUUGAUCUGCUGCAGCAUCGGUACCAGCAGCUGUGGGUGCAGGAACAGAAGGCCACCCAGAAAGCCAUUAAACUGGAGAAAAAGCAAAAGGUGAUCCUCGGGAAGCUCUACGAGACCCGGAGCAGUCAGCUGCGGAAGUACAAGCCGCCUGUGAGGCUGGACGCCCUCUGGCACAUGCCUCACUUCCAGAAGGUGGGCCCCCAUCUUGCGACCUUCCCCACCGAGGCCGAUCGCCAGAGAGCCUUCAAAGCCCACCGGGAAGAGUGCGCCGUACGCCAGGGGACCCUGAGGAUGGGCAACUACACCCACCCCUAAAGCCUGUCUGACGCGGUAGAAAAUUCUCUGAAGGACUUGCCUGCCUUGCCCCAACUCACACAAGACACUCCCCCACCGUUCUGCGGCUUCUGCCUCGGCCAGGACCUCAGAUUCGGGUCUUAGAUGGCUUAUUUUUGCUAAGAGCCCACCUUUAGAGUUAGCCACACUCGCUCCCCUGAGCCCCAGCAACCCCUCACUUAGGCACUCCCCUCCUCCAGCAGGGCUCUACUUUGCUUCUCAAGCCCCAGCCUGAUAAGAGAAACUCAAGUUUCAAGGCAGAUUUUAUAGGCUCCAGACUAAGGCUCUGUCCUCAAGUAUUAAAAACAACCCAUGUAUUUGCUGUAGAAAGUGUGACAGCAUCAUGUUUUGAAAGCCCUCAUUUCGUAUUGCAAACGUGAGCUUUAAUUUCUCUUUUUGGGAUGCCUGAUGUCUCUCCGUGGCAGUACUAUAUCUCUGGGACCCUUGCGGGCAGGAAGAGCCCACGCUCCUUACUUGGAGCGGGCCCCCCACCUCCUCAGGGCUAAGACACCUCCACCAACACUGACCUAGGAAGGUCACCCCUCCCGCCUCCUGAAAGACAAUGCGCUCCAGGGCUGAAAGCGCCCAGACUGGGGCCCUUUGUACCUCCAUCUUUCUGCAGGUCCUCUGCUUUCUCCCCACAAAUUAGAUACCGAUCUACUUUAAAUUAGAAGAGCUAUUUGUCAUCCUCCCCUUGUGCCUUUAUUUGAAACCUGGUAAACCAGUGUGAGAAUCAGCCUCAGACUCUCCAAGGGCCAUGACUUUCUCCACAACAUCUCGACCAGCGCCUAUGAAAAGUCAGGCAAACUCUCAAGUUUUAAAAUUCCCUGACUAGUCUGAGGGUUCCCAGCAUUGACCUUCAACUUGGAUCUCUCCCUAGAAUCCCACACUCAUUUAUCCAACUGCAACCCCCCGCCCCCGCCCUGCACCAGGUGUCUCCAUUCAAGCGUCGGCCAUUCAUCUCAAACCAGCACAGCCAAGACAGAAUUCUGGAUUUUUUUCCCCCCACCAUACUUGCUUCUCCCUCCGUUUUCCCCAUCUCACACUUGAGACCACCCAGAGGCUGAAGACAAAAACCGUCACGACUCCAUUUCUUUCACUCUCACAUCCAGUCCAUCAACAAGCCUGUCAGUGUUACUUCCAAAAACACUCUGAUUCAUCUCCGGGCCCCCAUCAUCUCUCUGGAGAAUUGCAUCAGGUUCCUGCUUCUCCCCACAAUCCCUUCUCCACAGCUUGUCACCUGCCCACCCUUUCUUGUCAUUUGGAUCUUAGCUCAAAAACCAAGUCCUCCCAACCCCCUCAGGGCAGUUCCCUGGUGGGCGCGUGGUUAGGAUUCCCAGCUUUCGCUGCCGGGUCCUAGGUUCAAUCCCUGGUCGGGGAAGUGAGAGCCCACGAGACACACGACGCAGCCAAAAUUAAAAUAACAUCAGGAAUUAGUUUAAAAGUCAAAAAAGAGUAAGAUGUCCUCUAUGGGAAUUCCCUGAUAGUCCAGUGGUUAGGACUCAGGUCCAGGUUCAAUCCCUGGUCAGGG